CAAUCUUUCCCACAUCUCAUCAUAAUUCUGUCUCCAUUGAACAAAAAAAAACCUAGCAAUGCUAGCACUUGGCAAGCUCUGGAGCCAAAAAUCUUCGAGAUUUCUAUGUUCUUUAGCUAUCCCAGACGUCGUUCCUAGUUGCAGUUACUACGACGCGCAGAUCAACAAAGCUGGCAGAGAAGGAGAUUUCGCCACCAUCCAUCGCCUUCUCAACAAGCGCUUCCGCGAUGGCUUCUUCAAUACCAACAAUACUUUCAAGUUCAUUUCGACAAAUAAUCUAUCCAUUCUUCUCGACGCUCUAUUGGAAACGAUAGGUAGGUUAGACAGUGGUUUCCCGAGGAAGUGUUCCUACGACUGUCUCAUUUCGCGUCUCUCGAAAAUGCACUGCAUUUCGGAGGCAAUGCGUGUUGCCGAAACCAUGGCGAAGAGCGAAGGACACGGACCGAACAAUGUCACUUUUCAUCCCAUAAUUAAUGCUCUAACGAAGAAGGAGGAAUUCGAAGGAGCUUGGCGUGUGAUUGAUGUGAUGAAAUCCAUCGGAAUUACUCCCGAUUUGACAUCGUAUAAUUUUAUGCUGACGGGUUAUUGUUUUGCUGGAAAUGUUGCAUCGGCUGCUGGUGUUGUAGCAAAGAUGGAGGAGGAAGAAUUGGGCGCGGAUACAAGGACAUACGAUGCAUUGGUUUUAGGUGCGUGUAGAGCAGGGAAAUUGGAUGCUGCUUUGGCACUGUUGAGGAGGAUGUUAGAUGACGGAGUUGCGCCAUUGUACUGCACACACGCUCAUAUUAUAGGAGCUUUUCUGAGGUAUAACUAUUAUGAACAGGCGAUCGAGUUUGUUAGGAGCUAUGCAGGGAGGGACACAAAAUUGGACGCGGAGAACUUUGGAAUAUUGGCAACCAGAUUGAUCACUCGGAGUAAAUUUGUAGAAGCUAAGGAAUUGGUGAAAGAGAUGAGUGAAAGGAGAUUGAGAAUAGGUCCACCAUUAAAGGAUUUCUAUGAAUCGCACGUUAAAUCUGACGGAUUGAGAUAAUUACCAAGUUUGAAUUGCAUGAUUUUUGAAAUCAAAUGCAAUAUCUGUCUUGUAGUUGUAAAGUAUCAAGCUUCCCAAUUGGUUGUUGGUAGCUUGUAGGAUCUUUCAGAAGCUAAUCUCCACCAUUUGAUGACUUACUCUGAUCAAAUUCAGCAGCGGUGAGUUUAAGAUGUUUCUCCAUGGGUGUAACAACAGGUGCACCUGCAAGCCCCAUAUCUGAAAUCAAUUCUAAUGAAUAUUUUCUCUAGUGCAUGAAGAUGCCAUCCUUGUUUGAUAAGAGUCAAGUGGGGAUCAUAGCUUUCAACGACAUCAUUGGAGACCAACACAUAAAGACUCAAGCUUGAGGCUUGCCUUUGUUUCCUAACCCGAGAGCACAAGUGUUGACGCAUGGAGAAGUGCUUCAUUACACUCCAAGGCCGCCUCUCAUUAAGGGCCUUUUGGUCAUUUCCUUGGAGCAAAGAGGCGCCUAUGGAGUGUAGUCUCUCGUUAAGGUCCUUUUGGUCAUUUACUAUGUAAUAAGUGUAGCCUAAGACUUUUAAAUAGCUUUCAUUAGGUCAUUUUUCAGCAACUUUGAUAUUAUUUUGAAAGACUUCUCUUUGAGAGUUUAUUACAAGUGUGGAAUCACUAGUGCAACUGUGGAUUCACUUGUGGCAACGUGGAAUCGUUGUGUUGGUUACCCGUUUAGAAACGAGGGUUGUUUGGGGAUUCCGGUUCCCUUUAGGUCUUCGUAAGAAUGUGGUGUUGUUUAUACGGUUUAUAGGGGUCUUUGUAUUUGAUACACACUUAGGUUCUUGUUUAUUGUAUAAUCUUAUGUCUCACUAUCUAUCUAUCUUUACAUAUUGUUGUCUUUAA